UUUCUUUGGUUUUCGCAACUCAGAGUGAUUCAUAACAUCGACGUAUACGGACACCAGUUACGGAAAGACAACCGAACCUCGUUGUUAUUUUUCCAUUUUUUAGUUUAAUAAUAAUACAAAAAAACAACAACACUAAAUAAAUAAUAAUAAAGCAGCACAAUAACAACAACAACGACUACAACAAAAACUACAAGAGUAGAAAAAAGUAGUUAUUGCUGUUUUUUUGUUUAAUUUAAAAGUGUUUUCUCGAGGUGACACAGAAUAUUUUUCUUCUUUUUUUUAACUUAACGGUCGUCGUCGUAUAUUGAGUCCUCCUUUGCUACAUCUGACUCCUCUUCUUUGCCACCAGUUACACUGCUGCACACUUACAUUUCUCUAUAUGUUUGGGUGUGUGUGUGAGUUUGUGUGAAAAAUAGCUCCGGUUAAUAAUUAACAAAAAUAUACCAAAAGUGUCGUCGUAAUUUUUAUAACGCCGCGCUUUGUAACAUUAUAAAUAUGAAUUAAUUUGAUCAAAAAAGAAAAUAGUUGAUAUUACUCAUACGCCUACAUGUUUUGUGGUCCUUUUUGUUUGAAGAAAAGCCUUUGGCUGUCGGUGUUUUUCUAUAUGCGAGAAAAGAAAUAUGCUUUCUUCACUUAACGGGUUAAUUGUUUAUAAUAAGAAAGUUUUGAAAAUUAAUAAAUAAAACAAAUUAAACUAAAUAUUAUGUGUGUAACAUGCUAAAUAAAAACUAGAUUUUGUUUAUAACAGCUUUUUUAUUCAUUUCUUUUGAUUUGGUUUCAAACACUAAUGAAUUGAAAAAUUAGUCUUACACAAUAACAAAAAUAAAAUUUAAAUCUUUAUAAUAAAAUAAUAAUAAAAAAUUGAUGUAAAUAGUUAAACAAAAAAUAGCAACUACAAAAAUAUAAAUGCAACAAAUAAAAAAUUAAAAAAAAUUUGUAAUUUUAAGCAAAAAAUUAAAAAAAAAAAAUAAAUUCUAUCACAAAAUAGAAUGAGAAUUGUAUAAAAAAAAUUGAAAAAUUUGAUAAAAAGAAAAUUAAGAAAAAAAAAACAAAAAAUUGCAUACAAACUGUUGUAAGUAAACACAAAUGAAAACGUCGUCGAAUUCAAGUGCAAAUAAUUUCGACUACUCAAGUCGCCCCGUCUAUGAGAGUGAAGAAGAAGAACUACAACAACAGCAUCAGCAACAACAACAGCAACUAGUAGAGUUAAACGAAAGUCAAGCAGCAGAAAGUAGACAACAAAUCAUUUACGAUACAAGAACGUUAAAUGAACCAGAAACAGAAGCAGAACGUGAAGAAUUCGUUGAUACAGAACCACAAAGUUUGAUUAAACACCAACAAAGAGAAAGAGAACCACAAACAACAAUUGUUUUUAAUACAAAACAGCAAAACUCCUCUUCAAGAGCAUUAUCACCAACAUCAUCAUCAACAACAGCAUCAGUCAAACCAUCGACAACUAUCUUUGUUGAAGAUUACAAUCAGCUUCAACAACAAUUUGUUGAUAAUUUAACAAUAAAAACUAAAACUAUUGUUGCAGCAGCUGAUAGUGAAAGUGAAAAUCUGUCACAGCAACAACAAGAAGUAAAAACUAAUAAUUUGAAUUCAAAUUUACAAAUUAGUUCAUCAACAGUUGCUGGUGGCAACAAUAAUAAUAAUAAUAGUGGUAGUGUUGUUAUUUAUAUAGACGACAAUAAUUCAACUAGUGAUAACAACAGCAAUAAUAACCGUAGCAGUAGCGACAUUGCAACUCAUACUUACAGCAGCAGCAACAACAACACCACAAACAGCAGCACUAGCAAUAAAAUUUCUAGCGUUAACGACGUAAAAGAAACAUCUGCAAUAUUGUCAAAUAAUAUUCGUUAUUCAACAUCAUCAGCAGCAUCUAAGAAUAGAUAUCAGCAGCAACAGCAACAGCAACCUUUGUCACUGCAGAAGAGUUAUUCUUUUAAACGAAAACGAGAAACAACAGAGUGCGAUUGUGGUUGCUUGGAUUCAUACAAUUCAUCAUCAGCUGCAUCAUCAUCCGCAAUAGUUGUUGCUGGCAGUAGUGGUACUGGUCAUUAUAACAAUAACAAUAACAACAACAACGGCAGCGUUAGCAGUAAAAAUAACAACGAGUCUUCGGCAAUUGGUGUCGGUGUAAACGGCGGUGGCAACGAAAUUAGCGUUGGUGUUAUAAGCAGCAGCACAAACGUGGCGUCCUCCGUGGCCAUUGUACCCAGUAACGGCUUAAAAACGGCCCAUACUAAAGUUGCCACCUCUGGGGGGCACGCUAACACGCAGCCCCCCAGCAAACGUUCCAGCAGUGGUGCCGAUGGUGAUUAUCAACUGGUCCAACACGAGGUUCUCUAUUCUUUGUCUGCCGAGUAUGAGGUUUUGGAAUUUUUGGGUCGUGGCACAUUUGGCCAAGUUGUCAAAUGUUGGAAACGCGGCACCUCCGAAAUUGUUGCUAUAAAAAUUCUUAAAAAUCACCCGUCAUAUGCGCGCCAGGGACAAAUUGAAGUGUCGAUUUUAUCGCGUUUAAGUCAAGAAAAUGCCGAUGAAUUUAAUUUUGUUCGGGCUUUUGAGUGUUUUCAACACAAAAACCAUACAUGUUUGGUUUUCGAAAUGCUCGAACAAAAUUUAUAUGACUUUUUGAAACAAAACAAAUUUUCACCAUUACCUCUGAAAUAUAUAAGACCGAUAUUAGAACAGGUUUUAACAGCAUUAUUAAAACUUUCACAAUUGGGUUUAAUACACGCUGAUUUAAAGCCCGAAAACAUAAUGUUGGUCGAUCCUGUAAGACAACCCUACAGAGUAAAAGUGAUUGAUUUUGGUAGUGCUUCACAUAUCAGCAAGACGGUAUGCAAUACAUAUUUGCAAUCACGUUACUAUCGAGCACCAGAAAUUAUUUUGGGUUUACCGUUUUGUGAAGCAAUCGAUAUGUGGUCAUUAGGCUGUGUAGUGGCAGAGCUAUUUUUGGGUUGGCCCUUGUAUCCAGGUUCAUCAGAAUUUGAUCAAAUCAGAUACAUAUCACAAACUCAAGGUUUACCAACACAACAUAUGUUAAGUAGCGCUUCAAAGACAUCGAAGUUCUUUUAUCGUGAUACGGAUUUAACGUAUCCGUUUUGGCGUCUAAAGACCAUAGAAGAAUAUGAGGCUGAAACGAAUACCAAAAGUAAAGAGGCGCGUAAAUACAUAUUCAAUUGUUUGGAUGACAUUGGUCAGGUGAAUGUGCCUACAGAUCUAGAGGGUGGCCAGUUGUUGGCGGAAAAAACUGAUCGACGAGAAUUUAUUGAUUUGCUUAAACGCAUGUUGACCAUCGAUCAGGAAAGACGUCUAACACCGGCCGAAGCUUUAAAUCAUUCGUUUACACGUCUCACCCAUUUGGUGGAUUAUGUAUAUUGUAAUAAUGUUAAGGCAUCCGUACAAAUGAUGGAAGUCUGUCGACGAGGAGAUUAUCACCCGGUACAGCCUACAUCAACACUGGUUACAAACUUCGUACCCAGUACCACAGAGAAUAUGACAUUUACGAUAAAUAAUCAAUUGACAAGUCAAGUACAACGUCUGGUACGCGAAAGACCUUUAGCUUAUGAGAAUCUUUAUCAAAUCUAUGGUGGACGCAAUGUGGGACGUCAGUACGCUCAGGGUCGUACUGAUACGUUCCAACAUCAAUUGGUUUCAAAUAUUUUAUGUCCACCAUCGUAUCAAGCAAUGCCCAGUCCCACCAAACAUGUUGUUGUUGGCAGUACGAUGCAACCACCAUUGCAAGUACCACCACAGCAAUAUGUCAAUGUCCCCGUACCAGUUUCAAUGGUUGAACCAACCUCUGGACAGCGUAUGCUAUUAACCAAUCGUGUACAAGCGAGUGGUGUCGCCUGGCCGCAAACUGGACGUCAAAUGGCUUUAGUACCAUCAUGGCCGCAGCAAGCACCAGCUCAUUCUUUAAUUGUCGAUCCGGCACCAUUCUUAAAUGUCGAAGAAAUCUAUCCAAAACACUUGAAUAUACCACGUAAUGAUCUCAAAAAGGAAUCGCCUGUCCAUCAUUUGGUCAGCAAAGGCAAUUCGUAUCGUGUGCCGCGACAUGACAAGAAAGAAAAUCAACAACUGUCACCCGUUAAGAAACGUGUCAAAGAAAGUUCGCCACCUCAUCAGCAACGUUAUAAUCGCACAUCUCACGUUUCACCACAAUAUCAUAACAACCAUCAUAAUUGUAAUUAUGGCAGCAGUGGAAGUGGUGGUGGCGGUUAUAAUGGACAAAGUGGUGCCAGUGGCGGUGCUAUUAUUACUUCAGCUUCAUCUAGUAAUAUUAUCAAUGCCAGUGGUAGCCAUCACCAUCAUCAUAGUGGUGGUACUAAUUCCUCCUCAAAUCAACAGCAUGUUAUAAGCAGCAAUGCUGUAUAUGGUAGCAAUGGUGGCAGUCAUCAUAUUGUUAACAAUUGUGGAGCUGUUAGUGGAUCGACGGGUAGUGGCAGCGGCUACCACCAUCACUCUUCGUCUUCGUCCUCUUCGGGCGGACAGCAUCAUAUUUCAUCACAUCAUUCUCAACAAGCACCGCCACAACAUCAUGGAUCUAUUGUUAAACAACAAACUAUAACAAUACAUGACACACCAUCGCCGUCAGCUGUUAUCACAAUAUCGGAUAGUGAAGAUGAGGGUGCUGAUGGACCAACAAUUGUUAACAAUAUAGCACCGGGUAAGCAAAGGGCACAUGCCCAAUCGCAAACGACAUCAUCAAUGCUGCAGCAUUCGGCAUCUUCUUCAUCGAUAAGCUGCCGUAAUAAUGGUCAUCAACAUGGUCAUUCGCAUCAACAAAGUCAAACUCAACAACAACAACAACAGCAGCCACAACAGUCCCAACAAAUGCAUCAUCAGCAGCAGCAAACAUAUGCAACAACAGCAACAUCCAAUUCAAAUUCAAAUAAAUAUCAACAAUAUCAGCAACAGCAGCAACAGCAGCAACAACAACAACAUCAAUUGCAAACGAUGAAUGUUAAUCAUACAUCAUCGCAGAAUCAAAAUCAAACUCAAUCACAGCAACAGCAGCCACAACACCAACAACAUCAGCAACAACUACAGCAACAGCCACAACAUCAGCAGCAACAACAUCAAUUACAACAUAGUGUUGCUGCUAUGAAAAAUAAUUCAACGCCCAUAAAAUCAUCAUCGUCGUCAGCAAUGACACCAACUACUAAUAAUAGUCACAACAGUAACAAUAAUAGUAACAAUAAUAAUGAAUUUAUGGUUGGCGGAAGUGGAACCGGAAAUGGAACUGGUUUUGGCAAUUUUAUUGAUAUGCCAAAUUCAAAUUGUCAUAACCAGCAACUCCAUCAUCAACAACAACAGCAACAGCAGCAACAUCAUCACCAUCAAAAUCAACAGCAGCAACAACAGCAUUUACAUUCGAAUAAUGAACAAAAACAUCAGCAAUUAUCUUGUGGUGGCACUUCACACUCUUCCUCUUCUUCCAAUACCAAAUCUGUUUCCACUUCUUCCAUCCAACACCACCAAACACACAAUAAUAGUCAAAAUUCACAACCUCAACCACAACAUCAUCACAAACAUUCGACUUCAAAUCUUUUGUAUGGUGGUGGUGGUGGUGGUAGUAGUAGCAAUCAUAAUGUUGUUGCUUCCUCCUCCUCUUCAUCAUCUAUUGGGCCUUCUGCUCCCCCACAUACUUCCUCUAAUACAAAUUUUUCUAUAUCCUCUAAUCUAUUUGCCACAUCCUCUCAUAACCACAAUAAUCACACACAAAACAAUCCAAACUCCUCUUCCACCAAUAACAUGACCGCCACAUCAUCAUCAUCUUCAUCCAAUAAUUCAUCUAAUUCUAUUAUCCAUCAUCGUUCAAAACAUGUACAACUAGUAAUACCAUGCGUUACCGUAGGUGAUAAUGAUCAUGAUGAAAUGCGACGGCGCAGUAAUACCACCCAUGCAGCCAGCAAUAGUCCCAAGCAGCAGCAGCAUCAUCAACAACCACAACAGCAGCAACAACCGGCUCAGGCAUAUCCCCAGCCUAGUGUCAAAUACGAACCGGGGCAAUCGCAGAAGAAACGUAUUUUAGCCAUGGCCCAAAAUGAAUGCUACAUGCCAUCAUCUCACUCAAGCACCAAUAGCAGCUCUCAGACCUCAUCCAGUUUACCACAUUUACCCACCAAGCAGGAACCAACCGAAUUCUAUGACUAUCCCUCACAACAACAACAACAGCAGCAGCCACAACACGUUGACAACAAACGCUCCUCAUGGGCAGCAUCAUCUGGUGGCUCUCAACAACAGGCGCCACCAUUAGCACUGCACAAGCGUGAGGCACCCUCAGUGGCUCCCUCCUCAUCUGGUGGUUAUGUGCAGCAACCAGCCUCUUCUGGCACUUCGGCUAAUGUACAUCCACCCAUGGCCCAUUCGAAGAGCUCCUCAUCAUCCUCUUCAUCGGCAGCUGCCUCUGUGGGACCACCAUCUUGGGGUGCUCCUCAAAUUUAUCGUCAAACAUCUCAUACCUCUCAGUUGCAACAGCAACAACCCUCCGGUACACAUACAUCACAAUCUCAACACCAGACCAACACAACCACGCCCAUGGGUAAUUCACCCUCUUCAGCAGUUGCUGCCGCAGCCAUGCUGCAACAAGACAUUUAUGCUGCUGCCGUACAGAAUGAUAUGUAUCGUCGUCCUACUGUCUUUGUUUCACAAGCUGCACCAACUUACACAUACAAUCGUGCAGUUGUAGCUCCACCACCGGCUCACAAUAGUUCAAGUCGUCAGGUUAUACCAUCCCAUCCAUUGCCCGCUCACAUACAAUUUCCAACGCAGUACAGCCAAUUUGGUCCCCUAAGUCCAGCUCAGGUAGCCGCCAGCAAACAUGCACAUUACGCACCGACAAAUAUAUGGUAUGGGGGCGAAUAAACACUGAUUUAAACAUAACGAAUCGUUUAUGCAUGAUUGCAACAAGCAGCUAAAACUACAAAAAGAAGAGAAUACAAAAAAUCCUAAUAAUUACAAACGUAAUCGCCGUAAUAAUUAUAUAAAUAAUAAUAAUAAUGAUGAUGAUGAUAACAAUAAUAAUAAUAAUAACCUGUAUAACUUGCAACAAUUAUUAAAUUUCAAUAAUACUAAUGAAGACACUGUCUUGGCUAGUGUUGGUGUUGAUACAGAUGUAGUGGAUGGUAUAGAAAAAAUAGCGGCCAA